ACAGUAUAAAAUCUACUAAGCAUGUAUGUUAUUUGUAUGAUAUGAUGAGCGUGGGUUAGUAACCUGUAUUGACAAAAUGAAUUGGUUCGGUUUAUUAUGUGGAAAAUUGAUCAUCUUUGCCCUAAUUAGCUUUAAAGAGAUUAGUGUAGGAGAAAUUGCAAGUCUUGCCAUUUUUAAUCUGUUUAGCAUGUGAAGGAAAAAGAAUGUGGGUGCCAAUAGGCUGACUAAAGAUAGUCCUUUCCUGUUGCUGUGUGGAAUUAGAUAUACUAAUCAGAUUCUGAGCUUAAGGGAUGAAAAUAGAAAAGGAUGCAGAGCAGGCCAUGAACACUGAACAAAGCAGUUGUGUAGACUCUUCCCUUGGUUGCAAUACCAACUUUUGUUUUACCUAUUUUUUCAUACUUUAUACGGCAUUUGUUCCAGUGCAUUGCUUACUGUUUUCCCAUAUUGUUUGGGCUACUGAUAGCAGAAUGUGAAUAGUCCAGCCUGUUUAGUUUUCUAGAUGAAAUCCAGAGCAACUAUAAACUUGCAAAAACAGUGGAUGAGCCAUCGUUUGAUGAUAGACCAUACACUGCGUCAUCUGCGUUAGCAAAUAGGAACCAUACACAUGAAGAAAAUGAAGUUCAGUUCCUAGUAACUAUAAACAUUUGCCGAUCACCUGCAGAUGCCAGCAAAACCAUGAAAGUGUUAACAGAGAAGCUGAAGAAGACACAACAAAAACUAACAUCUGUGACCCAAUAGACAUGAAGCCAUCUGACAAAAAUAGAAACAAGCACUUCUGCAUAUUAGAGACUGGAAAGGAGAACAAUUCAGAUGUUCUUGAAAGUAAAGAACAUACUAUAUCAGUCACUAAAAAAGGACAACAAGAAAAUGGUAGCCUUUCAUUAGCCUUUUCUCCUCAUCCAAAUGCAGUCCAAGAAGUAGUUAGGAUUAAUGAAUCAGGUGCCUCAACUGCAGGAACGAUCACCCUGCAAUGCUCAGACCAUGUGGACACCCUUCACUCAAAGAGUGGACUACUUGCAGAAGUGAAAUACGACUCCUACAAUAUAAAAGUGCAAGUGAAGAAAGAGUUGUUGUCUCAUAGUGCAACAAACUAUGAGGUUGGAAAAUGGAAAUGCUACAAGAACAGACGUUAUCAUAAAGGUCACUGUUGUAAGUGGCAUAAGAGGCCAAGUCCACCAACUGAUUUUUUGGGAAAAUAUGAGACACCCUUUAAAUACACCAUCCAAAUCGAUAGCAACCAAAAUCCAUCCAUUAAAGUUAGUGUUGUAGGAAAGGAAACAAAGGUAAAAUACAUCAACAGGAAGCAGAAACUAAUGGUUAGUGUAGAGCAUGGUGAUGAAUCAAAGAAAUGCAAUCAAAUCAGCAGCCCAAAAUAUGUCAAUACACUUGCCAGUGACACAGGCUGUUCUGCAACAGAGGCAAAUUGCCAUUCAGAUACUGAGCGAGAUUUUAGUUUUCAAGAAAAGGAAGAUUCUGUUACAAGUUACACAUACCCAGACUGGCAUGUACUUAUCCCUCCACCAGCUGAAUUCGCCAAUUCUGAAGACAGCAGCUUUGAUAAUGUAACUGAGGUUUUGUCCUUACCAAUAGCAAGUGAUACAAAUGUAUCUGACACAUUCUCAGCUGCCUUAAGUUAUGGGGAAGGAAAAGAUUUCCAAAGGGAGGUGUGUGCUAAUGAAAAAGAUUUCCCUGAAGACAUUGUUUUUUCAGAGUUUUGUUAUGCUGGGGAACCUCCUCCAGAAGGUUGCAAUUUCACAGAAACAUAUUUUGAUCAAAAAUGUAGUGAGAUAAAUGAUAUCCUUCAAAUAAGGAACAAUAGCCUAAUAGAUACAAGGAGCAUUAUGUUAGUUUCAUGCAUGGAAUCAAAAAAUAUAAGGAGAAAUUCUUUCCCAACCACCUAUAUUGAUAUUCUGUCACCAGUUCACCCUAGGAGAGACUCGGGUUUUUACUCCAUGCCAUCUCUGUCCUUAAAAGUCCUGCCCAAGUCAGCCAAAGCCACAAAUGUUUACAGCAGGAAUGUCCAUGCACCAAAUAGCUGCACAGAACUUAGCACAAGCUUCACAUCAUUGUUCAGUAAUCUUGGAUGUCUUCAAUCUUCAUGCUGCUAUGCCUUCACCUCAUAUGAUCACAACAUGACUGCAUACCAUGCUGAGCUGGAAAGAAACCUAGGCAGUGCUUUUUUUACAGAUCACUAUGUAGAAUACAUGGAAGAGUGUAGAGAAAUGGACCAGAUGGCAGUAGAGGAUUUUCAUUCCAAUGUCAAUUCCAAUGAAGAACAAAAGGAAAAACUUCGAUCACCUGAACUGUCAAGGAGCCUACAUGCAUGUGAGGAAGACUCUGAGUUUACAGAAGGAGGGACUGGUGGUGAGGCUCUAAACAAUGAUCGCCACAAAGAUAAAAAAUGCAUAGAAUUAGAGAAUGAAGAACCAUUCAGUCAUGGUCCCUCACUUUCUAGAAACCCAUUAAGUGAUGAUACCAACAAUACUAUCAGUUAUGCUGAUGAAACUAAAGAAUGCCUCCAAGAAAAAUAUUUAGUCAUGCAUCCUAACACUGAUCUAAAGCUUUGUACUACAGAGUCUGAGGUAGUAAGAAAGAAAAGGGUAGGUUCUGUGAUAACUGUAAUAACUGGAGAAUUAGAACAAAAACUAAUCAUUCAAGGUGACAGCAAGACCAUAACAGAUUCAUUUGACAUUCCACUGAAAAAGGAGCCCAUGUUGCCUUGUGCCAUACGGGAGAAAACAUUUUUAUCAUCAUUAUUGGAUGCUGAUGAACCAGGAAUAGGAACUGAAUUACAGAGUUUUACUGAAGUUCAGGAGAUAUCUGAAAACAUUCAUGAAGAUCUCAGUUGCCAAGAAGAUUCUGCUCAGGCUGCUGCUAUAUCUAGUGCUUCAGAGGAUGAGGAGAUUUUGGCUGAUACCUUCUUCACAGAAGCACAUUCCCCACUCUCUGGGGAAUGGGACAUAAAAACUCCAAGUCAUGAUUUUGGAGCACAUCCAGCAGCUCAUCCAGCACAAGAGUUACACAAACCCAGCUCUGAAAAAUCUGAGGAACAAAAUGAAGUAACUACAGAUUUAAGUCAGAAUCCAGACACAGUAAUAUCUCCACAAAAUCAGAGCAACACAGCUGCUACUUUAGAAGAGAAGAGUGUAGUGCUUCCCAAUGAGAAAGGCACAAAAGACAGCAAUGCUAGUACGAGCUCCCAACAAGAAGCAGCAGACCGCUGGGCCAGGCGAAGGAAACAGUUCAAAGACAGCAAACGGUGCAAUUCAACUGGUGAGAACUCCAUAGCCAGUAUGAUCACAGAAGGAUCAAUAAACUCUGAAGAUGGCCGUUCAGUGGAUCUAAGUCUGGGGGCAGAAAGUGAAGACAAAGGAUUCUACACAGAGAUCUUCCACUCAGCUUCUUGGGUGUUCCGAGGGGAUGAUGCCAGUCCAGAAAGCAGUCCCAAGUGUCUUAGCAAAAGGCCCAGGCCAGUAGCAGUCCGUGAACGAACAGUAAGGAUUGCUAAAGGAACAGGUGAUUACCCCUGGGGAUUCCGAAUCCAAUUCUCAAAGCCUAUCCUGGUAACUGAAGUGGACACUAACAGUGCUGCUGAGGAAGCUGGCCUUCAGAUUGGAGAUAUUGUGAUGGUUGUCAAUGGCACAGAUGUUACCAGCAUGCCACAUUCAGAAGCGGCAGAUCUAGCAAGAAAAGGUCCAGAUAUCUUGACCAUGUUGGUUGGUUCAGAUAUCAGCCGUUGCCCCAACACCCCUCGCCCAACAUGUCGAGGAUAUCUGCACAAAAGGACCCAGUCAGCAAUCUUGAAGGGCUGGAGGAAGAGAUGGUUUGUGCUAAAGCAUGAUGGUUACCUCUACUAUUACAAAAACAAAAAGGAUGAAGGAAAGUGCAGACCAUUGGAAGUAACAAAGUUAGAAGGUGCAGAAAUUGGGGUGGACACCAGCCUCGGCAAACCUUUUGUAUUUAAGUGUAGCCCACAAAAUGGAAACAGGGUUUUCUUUUUCUGUGCCACAUCAAACCAAGAGAUGAAAAGGUGGCUGGAGGCAAUGGAGAUGUCUGUUCAUCCUGUUAAUCAGAACCAUGUAUGGGUCGAUGUCACCAUGCACAAUACAAGCCUUCCACCACUCGCUAUCAAAAACCCAGAGUGCCUGGGCCUCCUUCACCAACUGGACAAAAGCAAGGAUGUGUGGGUUCAACACUACUGCAUUUUGAAAGAUGGUUGUUUGUAUUUUUAUGCCAGCAUACGCUCUACACAUGCCCAUGGUGGAAUUUACUUGCAGGGAUACACUGUGAGUGAACAGGCCCUUGGUUCCAGAAGGUCUGUGAUAGAAAUAAAACCUCCAUCUGAGGAGUUUAAAACAUUCUACUUAUGUGCAGAAAAUGCAAAUGAAAACAAACGAUGGAUUACCGCACUGAGAACUUCAGUCAGUAAAUGGCUGCCUUUAAACCAAGCCAUACAAGACUUCAUGAAUCGACCACUAGAGGAGACUAGGAUGUGAAGUGGAAAUCUCUAGUCUUUUAUGGCAAACAUCUUUUAUUAAAAGAUAAUUUAGAAACAUUUAGUCAGGAAUAUUUCUUAUGAAUUAUAAGCCACACAAUUUUGUAAGCAUUAGGGAAUAAAUAAAAAUCCACUUUAUAUUA